AUGCAGCUCGACCCCACAUCGCUGGAAUGCCCCGACUAUGCUUCGGACAUGUAUGCAGUGACCCGCGCGCCGCUGGUCAAUGACAACACCUCCAACGAGCAGGCUAUUCAGUUACUAGUCAAUAUCUGGAAGGCUGGAAAUGAGGCUGACAAGGUAGCAUGGCAGCUCCAGAUAGAGGAACAUGAAGCUGAGAUAGCGGAGCAGAUUAGGUUGGCAGCAGAGGCAGAUAAGGACACACAGGAAGCACAGCUCGUAGAGCAGGCGAAUGCACAGAAGGAAGAAACAAAAAAGAAUAGAGCAAAGUUUGCACCGAUCCCGGACAGAGACGUACCAACCGUUGCUCCAGUUAUUGCCGCUAACUACGCAGUCAAAAGAAUGGAGAAAGGCAAUUUUGUAGAACUAUGGUACUACACAAACGAGGGGCUUGAAGAGGCACUGCGCAUUACCAGCUCCGUUGAUGAUGAGGCAAUGGUGAUCACUCGAACAGCGGAUGGUUCCACCUCCUGGGUCCCUGCAGCAUCCGUGAGAGAAGCCCGAGGAGUCACAGAUGACAAGGACAUUCACUGGGAAGACUUCUGUCAAGCUGUACUGCGCAUGGUCCUCGCAAUGGAACAAGCACGUUGGCCGGAAGAGUGGAUCACCAUGCUCGCAAGGUUCUGGGGCAACCUGCAGAUACAUGAGCUUCGCUCGAGCAUUGAUCCGCUCGACCAGAAGACUCUUCUGGUAUACCAGGGAGAGCAACACAAGCUCUGGCACAGGGCGAUUACUUCUUCAGCAACGGCGUACAACCUUGCACAGAUCAACAAGGAGCUCAUACGGAAGACCAAAGAACGCAUAUACUGGGCAGAACGCGGCCGCAGAGACAACGAGCGGGAUUUUAGCGUGCGUACUUCGACCAUUUGGUGGCAGAUGACAUGCUGA